GGCUACGACAGAAGCUGUUAAUGAAUUUCUUUGUUGAAAAUGAUUUAGUAGACUUUAAAAAUAUUACAGAAUCAUUAAUAUAUGUGUAGUUCACAAUAUAAUAAAUUGACCAAGUGACACAAGCAGGACACAAAUGUUUCAUGCAGAACCGGUCUGAGAUCCUGCUUUUAAAAUGCAACCAGAAAUAUUUUAAAUAGAAUUCCGCCUGCGGCCAAUUUCACAGAAAUGCUUCUACAAAUAAACUGGCACUGUGAUUUUUUUUUGCGCAUAAUAUUUGAGCGGGUUUGGAUGUUGCCAAGAAAAUCUUGGCUUCCUCAUCCGGGUAUUUUGACCCCAGUGUCUGCUAUUGGCCUGAAAUGAGUCUCGUGAUCAAAGAAACUUUGCAGGCUCCGCUUCUGUGCUGGGAGGGGUGGGCUUUUAUAGAGCAGUAAAACGACACAAAGAAGGAAAAUUUAUUUCUUCCCCCUCCCUAAAUUAAUGAUCAUGAGCUCGUAUUUGAUGAACUCGAACUACAUCGAUCCUAAAUUUCCUCCGUGCGAAGAAUAUUCGCAAAAUGACUACAUCAGUGCUGAAUGUUACAGACGCGCCCGGGACGCCGACUACCAGCAGGAGUUGUUAUAUCCUCAAAGUGUCACCUACCAGGAGGGCAAAUAUGAGUGUGAAAGCAUUCCCGAGCACGGGGGGCAUUUACACGGGGCAAAAAUAUACACACCUCCGACUGCUGCCCCUGCCACCCAGACAACUGCCCCUGAACUGCCCUCCGACAGCAAAGAGCCCGUGGUGUAUCCCUGGAUGAGGAAAAUCCACUCCGGUGCAGCGAACUCGUAUGGCUCGGAGCCCAAGCGAUCCCGCACCGCUUACACCCGCCAGCAGAUCCUGGAGCUGGAGAAGGAGUUUCACUACAGCAGAUACUUAACCAGGAGGAGAAGAAUCGAGAUCGCCAAUACGCUGUGUCUGAAUGAGAGGCAGAUCAAAAUCUGGUUUCAGAACCGCAGGAUGAAAUGGAAGAAAGAUCACAGGUUACCGAACACCAAGGUCCGACCUUCAUCCUCCUCUUCUUCCUCAUCUUCCUCAAACAGUGCAGCGCGAGACCAGGACAUCACAAAAAUUUAGACUAGAGAGAGACAUUUCAGACAUUUCUCAUGGACACCAGAACGCAACAAAACAGCAUUUCAUCAUCUUCCUUUAAAUAUAAUCAAAUGUUAAUUUAUUUGAGCUUAUUUAUUUUUAUUUAAAAUUAAUAUUCAUUUAAUAUAGCUGAUUCGUAAGUAUUUAUUUCCUGUUUUCUUUAUAUUAAUACUUGAACAGGACACAUUCUGUCCGCCAUCCAUUUGCCAGCUUGCACUUUGUUACGUAUUUAUACAAUUAAGUUAACUCAUCUGUUAUUUAUGUUGUGUUUUUGUUUUUUUCCUUAAAUGUAAUGAAUCUAAAGAUUUUAGCCUGCUGUAAUAUGGGGCACUUACAGAAAAAACAAUAAUGUAGUCCUUUUUUUUUCGUUUUUGUGAUGCGCUCUGUAUAUUAGAUGGUGAUUUUUAACUUGUAGAAAGUCAUGUAAAACGGACUUGGUGUUAUUUUGUGCUGUAAGUGAUUGUGGUCAAUAAAGUUGUCAUGCAUCAAA